CAUUCCUCGGUCCGCACAGCGAUUUUGCGCAAUCCUAACAAAUCAGCACGUGGAGUCUGCUGUCUUUCUAAUUACAUUUCAAUUAGUAAACGUUUCAAACGGAAUAGGUGGUUUUUGUUGAUAUUUUUGUUUGUACUUUGCGUUUCUAUAAUGUCCAAGAAACGUGCUUUGACGCAAAAAGAGUUACAAGACGAAACGGAUCGAAUUAUGGAAAACAUGUCAGAUAAAUCUUCUCAAUCAGAGGGUAAUGACGAUAGUGUCGCAGAUAGUAACUAUGAACCCAGUGAUGAUGACACAUCUAGAAGUUCCGAUAUAAAUUCUACCAGCUCCACCGUGCCUGCUCAAUACACAAACAAUAGUGACGAUGAAUUUUCUGGUAAUUCUGGUAUAAAUUCUCCAUUGACAGGAAGUAGUGCUGCCUCCGUGCCUACGCAAAACACAGAUACAGAUAACGGUUUAGCUGAUAACGCCGCCUCAGAUAAUAUGAUAUGGAGAAUUCCAACAGGUAAAUAACCAGUUUUAUUACCCUUUACAAAACAAACUGGCACUGAACCCCAUCUUGCUGAGCUUCUGUGCGAAGAACCUCUUGAAAUGUUCUUUUUUUCACUGGUUGAUGAUCCUAUUUUCCAAUACAUUGCUGACCAAAUGAAUCUUUAUGCCACACAAGUUAUUACAAGUGAGGCAGAUGUAAGUAGUAAAUCUAGGUUACAUAACUGGUUACCAACAAAUAAAAAUAAAAUUAAGAAAGUUUUUGGCUUGCUCUUCUAUAUGGGUAUUGUAAAAAUGCCUAAUACACAAGCCUAUUGGAGCCGAGAACAUAUGUAUAAAAACUCUAUGGCUCCUAAAGUUAUGACGUAAUAGAUUUGAGCUGUUACUACGUAUGUUGCACCUUGCAGAUAAUCAGAAUAAUCCAGAAAAUGACAGACUCCAUAAGAUUCAACCUUUGAUUGACAAAAUAGUUACAAAUUUUAAAUCAUCAUAUGAACCUUCCGAAACUUGCUGCAUUGAUGAGUCUCUUAUUCCAUUUAGGGGGAGAUUGAUAAUGCGACAAUACAUAAAAAAUAAACGCUAUAAAUAUGGAAUAAAAGUAUUUAAGUUGUGCAGCAAAGGAGGUUAUACCUACAACUUUAAAAUUUAUGCAAGAAAAAACUUAGACCAAGGUCGUACUACUCCUACAUCUGUAGUUAUGAGUCUUUUUGAACCCAUAUUAGAUUCAGGCCGUACUCUCGCAACAGAUAACUGGUAUACAAGUGUAGAUUUAUCAAAAAGACAAACAUAUUUGAUAAGGACAUUGCAAAAAAACAGACGAGGCCUUCCAAAAGAUCUGGUAAACAAAAAACUUAAAUCUGGAGAAAUAGCCGCUCUCGAAAACCAGGAUGGUGUCACAGUAAAUUCAUGGAAUGACAAACGUAACGUUUUAGUUCUUUCUACAGAACAUAGCAACACAACAGUAGACAUGACAAACCGCACAGAAAAAACUGUAAAGAAGCCUGAAGCUAUUGCAGCAUAUAAUGCAGGUCGAUAUAUCUGAUCAAAUGACAGCUUAUCAGACGCCUUUACGUAGAACCUUUAAGUGGUUCCGUAAGUUAGGCGUGGAGAUUAUCCU